CCUACUCGUGUUACAACGCAAACCCCAAAGCACCAAAGCAUCUCCACAAAGAAACUCUCUCACCACAAACCAAACAUCACCGGAAAGGGGUGCAAGAAUUCGAGACCAGGAGCCGCAAGAGGUCGUGGCAGGAUGGAGUCGAACAUGGCGCGGCGGCUGUGGGACGUGGUGCGCGCCGUGCUGUUCAUGCUCCGCAAGGGCAUGUCCAAGCGGAAGCUGGCCAUGGACCUCCACCUCUUGCUCCACCGCGGCAAGAUCGCUGGCAAAGCCCUGGGCAAACUCAUGACCACCAACGGUCACCAACACCACAACAACGCCGCGGCGGCGGCUGCGGCGGAUCCGCAGUCGUUCUCGUGCCGCGCCCUCGACCCCGCUCUCGCCGUCUACGACCCUCGCGGCGCCCGCGAGGUGGAGUUCAGCUGCAGCAACACCCCCUCCUACCCGUCCCUCCACCUCAUCCCCACAGGCAAGCGCCGCCGCCGCCGCAACAACCGCCGCACCCACCGCGGCGCCAACGGUGCCGAGCCCGGCUGGUACAACUACGACGCGGCCGACAUUGCCAGGGUCUUCGAGAUCCUCAACAACAACGAGCAGCUGCUGAGCGACGCCGGCGACGGCAGCUCGGGCGCGGGCGCCGAGCAGCCCUCGUCCCUCGCGGUGCUCGCGACGCCCUCCCCCGCGCUGUGGGCGAGCUUCGACCGCACCCCGGCGCACGUGAGGCAGAUGCGGAUCACCGACUCGCCGUUCCCGCUGAGGAACGACGCGGUAGGGGACGGCGGGCAGGUGGACCGGGAGGCCGAGGAGUUCAUCAAGAAAUUCUACGAGCAGCUGCGCACGCAGCAGAGCUUGGCGACCGCCACGCCGGACUACGGCUACGGCGGGUACGCGCGGCCGGUCACCGGCAUCGCCUAAGAGCCAUGCAUCCACACGUAUAUGUCCAUAGCUUUUAGCUGCUGCGUGUUAGUUUCACCCUUAAUUUUGUUCUAGUGUGAAGUGCGUGUCUGUGCUAUAUAGUACAUAGUACAUGUUUUGCGUAAUGUUUGCAAGCUAGAUCCAUGUAUAUAUAGUAUGAUGUACAUUAUAUAUGUAUAUUUCCUUUUUGAGAUUA